CCUCGCUCUCCUUCUUACAGUUAGUACUCUCAUUCUCAUAACUCCCAAAAUGGAGAAGGAAAUUAUCCCACGAGUAGUCCUGAACUCUGGCCAUAAAAUGCCAUUGUUAGGCUUCGGAACAGGCAGUGACCAUGUCCCUUCAAAUCUCACUUCUACCAUAGUCAGUGCUAUCAAGCUCGGUUACCGGCACUUCGAUACAGCUUCCAGCUACAACAUCGAAGAGUUUGUCGGCCAAGCCAUAGCCCAAGCACUCGAACGAGGACUGAUCGAUAACCGUAGCGAAGUUUUCGUCACCUCCAAGCUACAAGGAGAUGAUGCAGACCAUGAUCUUGUCCUUCCAGCACUCAAGGAAACACUCAAGAAACUUGGGCUAGAUUAUGUAGAUCUCUAUCUCAUACAUAUCCCUUUGAGAUUGAAACAAGGAUCUGGAAUGACUUUCCCCAAGGAGAAUAUCCUUCCCUACUUUGAUAUAAGAGGGACAUGGGAAGCCAUGGAAGAGUGUUAUAGGCUUGGCCUGGCUAAGUCCAUUGGUGUCAGCAACUACUCUUGCAAGAAGCUCUCACAGCUUCUAACCUAUUCAAUCAUCCCUCCAGCCGUGAAUCAGGUGGAAAUGAAUGCUGCAUGGCAACAGAGAAAGCUGAGGAAGUUCUGUGAUGAAAAGGGGAUUCAUGUGAGUGGUUGGUCUCCUCUGGGGGCAAAUGGAGCUCAUUGGGGUUCCUUUGCUGUCAUGAAGAGUCCAAUCCUCCAAGAACUCGCGGUGGCUAAGGGGAAGAGCGUUGCCCAGGUCUCACUGAGGUGGAUAUAUCAGCAAGGAGCAAGUCCAAUUGUGAAGAGCUUCAGCAAGGAGAGGAUGAAAGAAAAUCUACAAAUCUUUGACUGGGAACUUACCCAGGAAGAAGUAGAUAAGAUAAGCCAGAUUCCACAGAAAAGGGGAUUUUCAGGCGAAAUGUUUCUUUCUCCAAAUGGGCCUUACAAGUCAUUGGAGGAACUUUGGGAUGAGGAGGUCCAACACUAAUUGGAUGCAAUAGCAGAGCUAAGGGCACCCAAAGAAGCGUUCAAGUUUGCUAGCUGGACCUUAACGGCCAAUUGGAGGGCAUCAUCAUUGAAGUGGAUGCAUUGACUAUAGCUACAUGGUUUAAAGGAGAUGAAGUGUAGUAAACAGAAUCAAUGUAUUGAGAGAAAAAACUUCUGUUUUGUGCUUCAAUAAAAUCUAGCACGGUAUGAGAACCA